AUGGCGAAUAAACAUAUGGCUUAUGGAACUAUUAAAGAAGAAAAUAAAACACCUCUGCAAUUAGCUGCCAUCAAUAAUAAAAUACAGGUAGUGGAAAAAACUAUAGAGCAGUGUCGAGAUUCCUUGGACGCAGACACUAGCCAAGGCCAAAAUGUUCUUCACAUUGCAUACGCGAAGAAGCAUAGGAAAAUGAUAAGAUUAUUCCAAGAACAACUCUGGCACAAUAACAUCUUUGAGCAAAGAGACGCUGAUGGGAACGUGCCCUACAAGGUUACAGGGAAAAGCAUGUCGUUUCAGUCUCACCUUUGCUGGGAAAAAUUAGAUCGCAACGAUAUCAGAUUGGAAGAAUUAGAUGAGAAGUGGUUCAAAGGACGCAUGGAAGUAUGGAAAGAAAGAGCAAACACACAUUUGAUAGUUGUUACACUUAUAUUAACCGUUUCUUUCGCGGCUGGCUUCACAAUUCCUGGUGGUUACGAUGGUGUUGAUGAUCCAAAUAAAGGCAUGGCAAUCAUAUCCAAGAAAACAGCGUUCAAAGCAUUCGCAGUAACAGAUACCAUUUCCAUGAUAUCUUCGACAGCUGCUGUUUUUCUGCAUUACCUUGCAACUUACGAGGAAGAGAACAAAAGGUUGAAUCGUUAUGUAGUUGCUGGCGUCCUUGCCUUGGUUGCCAUGCUAACAAUGAUGAUAGCGUUUAUGACUGGCUUGUACGUUGUGCUACCUUCUGCAAGCCUAGCUAUAUUUAUCUGUGUCAUUUGCUCUUUAUCGCUUGCCGGGCGAAGCGCUGUAGCUAGAGGGCUUAUAGUGUCUGAGUUAUUUGCAAGUCAUGUCAGUGCAG